AUGGCGCCCUCCGUGGCAGACGUGUUUGCUCGUUCUGCUCUGCCGUGCAGCUACAGACGCACUCUGUUUACCGAGAAGACCGCACUGAUGCCUCCAACAAAGACUCAAGCAAACGAACCCAGCGGGUUCCAACCCAACAGAUCAGGUGACGAGGAGGAGUACAAGACAGCAAAGUACAGACUGAGGAAAACCAUCAAGGAGGCUAAAAAGCAAGUCCUGAGAAGAAUCAACCCCCGCAAGGCAGAAGGCCCAGAUAACAUACCUGGGAGGGCUCUCAAAGCAUGUGCCACAGAGCUGGCUGAUGUUCUGGCCUCCGUCUUCAACCUGUCCCUCUCACAAGCCACAGUCCCCAAGUGUUUCAAAACCACCACCAUCAUCCCAGUUCCCAAGAGGAGCCUAGUGACUUGCCUGAAUGACUACAGGCCAGUUGCACUCACUCCAAUCAUCACAAAGUGUUUUGAGACAGUGGUUCUGGCCCACAUUCAGAGCAGCAUACCUGGAACAGUGGACCCCCUGCAGUACGCCUACUGCUCUAACAGAUCUACCUCGGACACCAUCUCUGCAGCCAUUCACAUAGCACUUUCCCAUCUGGAAAACAAAGAUGCCUAUGUCAGGAUGCUCUUCAUUGACUACAGCUCUGCUUUUAAUACAGUCAUCCCAUACAAGCUCACCAGCCAACUGUUGCACCUUGCGUACAGGGACAAGGUGGCAAAUCUGGUGACAUGGUGUGAGGAGAACAAUCUCACCCUCAACACAGACAAGACCAAGGAAAUGAUCGUGGACAUGAGAAAGGAGAAGAAAACUCAUCAGCCACUGAUCAUCCAUGGGCUUGAGGUGGAGAGGGUGAGCUGUUUCAAAUUCCUGGGCGUCUACAUCUGUGAUGACGUUACUUGGACACUUAACACGACCCAGCUGGUCAAAAAGGCACAGCGGCUGUAUUUCCUGAGGAGGCUGAGGACCUUUGGGAUGUCACCACAGAUCCUCAGCAACUUCUACAGCUGCAUCAUUGAAAGCAUCUUGACCAGCUGCAUCACGGUGUAUGAGCUGCCAGAGCUCCUGUCCAGCUCUGCAGUGUGUGAGCAGGUGGGCCAGCAGAGACUCUGCCAGCAGUCCAUGAUUGUAGAUGCUUCACCCCUGUGUUCCAGUGAUCAGGACCUGGGAGCAGAAAAUAGGAAAACCGGCAAGUUUAUGCUGUUUAUCUGCUGCAUGAGCAUCAUGUUUCUGGCCCUGCAGUGUGGCUUUGCCCACGUGCACACUAAGAACGCCGCCUUUCACGGGUCUUCAGGAGUCAUGCCCUCUCUUACAGUUAGUGGUUUUUGGGAGGAUGUCCUCUACCAUUGCGGGAUUGUUAGAUUAAAUGAAGCUGAUCGAUGGAACACUGUGCGCCUCCUGGCCCCGGGUCUUGCCGUCUUCCUCCUGCUGCUCUUCAUUUACCGCUUAUGCAGGAAGCUGCUUCGGCCCCCGGUCCAUGUGGCUGCCCAUGAGAACCGCAUAAUGCCCUCGGACCCUGAUGUAUGCGUGCACCGGCUCACAGAGAAAUGUUCACAAACAGUCCAAGAGAAACUGAAGUCCAGUCUGAAGAAGAGGUUUGAGUCCAUAUUUGAAGGGGUUGCGACAUCAGGAAAACACAGCCUCCUCAACAAUAUUUACACAGAGCUCUAUAUCAUAGACGGUGACAGUGAGAGGGUCAAUAAUGAACAUGAAGUGUGGCAGAUUGAGACAGUAUCCAGGAAACGGACCACACAAGACACUGCAAUCAACUACAAUGACAUCUUUAAGCUCUUACCUGGACAAGACAAAGCCAUCAGAACUGUGCUGACGAAGGGGAUCGCUGGCAUUGGAAAAACAGUCUCUGUGCAGAAGUUCAUUCUCGACUGGGCAGAAGGAAAGGCCAAUCAGGAUAUUCAUUUCGUAUUUGUUCUUCCUUUUCGGGAGCUGAACUUGAUUAAUGAUGAACAAUACAGUCUGCUUGAGCUUCUGCAUGUCUUCCACCCUGUAACAAGAGGGAUUGAAAACCUUGAGUCUGAUGUUGACAAGGUUUUGUUCAUCUUUGAUGGUCUGGAUGAAAGCAAACUUCCCUUAAAUUUCCAACACAGCGAGAUACUGUCUGAUGUAACAGAGACAUCCUCAGUGGAUGUGCUGCUGACAAACCUCAUUAAGGGGAAUCUGCUUCCCUCUACUCUCCUCUGGAUCACCUCCCGACCAGCAGCAGCCAAUCAGAUCUCUCCUGAAUACAUCCAUCGACUGACAGAAAUACAAGGGUUCAAUGACUCACAGAAGGAGGAGUACUUCAGGAAGAGAUUCAGUGAUGAGAACCAGGCCAGCAGAAUUAUAACUCACAUACAGUUAUCCAGGAGUCUGUACAUCAUGUGUCACAUACCAGUCUUCUGUUGGAUUUCUGCAACUGUUCUGGAGCGACUGUUGGGUGAAACUGACUGUGGAGAAAUCCCUAAAACUCUGACUGGAAUGUACACCCGCUUCCUGCUCAUUCAGUCCAACAUCAAGAAUCAGAAGUAUCAUCGAGGAAAUGAGACAGAUCCACAAAAGCUUCUGGGGCUGGAUAAAGACAUGAUUCUGAAAUUGGGGAAGCUGGCUUUCCAACACCUGGAAAAUGACACUCUCAUGUUCUAUGAAGAGGACCUGAGAAAGUGUGGCAUUGAUGUCACUGAAGCGUCAGUGUAUUCUGGGGUGUGCACAGAAAUCUUUAAAGAGGAGUCUGUGCUGUAUCAGAAGAAAGUGUACUGCUUUGUGCAUCUGAGCAUCCAGGAGUAUCUGGCUGCUUUGUAUGUGUUUCACUCAUAUGCAAGCAACAUGAUAACGACAUUGAGAAGAUUUUUAAGUCGAAUUUUUUUAUUCACCGACAAUUCACUGUAUUACUUACACAAGGGAGCUGUUGACAAGGCCUUGGAGAGUAAGAAUGGACACCUGGACCUUUUCCUGCGAUUCCUUCUCGGCCUCUCACUGGAUUCCAAUCAGAACAUUCUCAAAGGCAUUCUGACAGAGAUAGGAAGUAACUCAGAGAGCAUCAAGAAAACAGUCACAUACAUCAAGGAGAUGAAGAGGGAGGAUCCCUCCCCAGAGAGGUGCAUCAAUCUGCUCCACUGUCUGGCUGAACUGAAUGAUUAUUCACUUAUGAAGGAGGUCCAAAAGUACCUGAGCUCAGAAAGUCAUGAAAGGAUCUCAGCUGCACACUGCUCUGCCCUGGCCUAUAUUCUCCUGAUGUCAGAGGAGGUGCUGGAUGAGUUUGACCUGAGGAAAUACAACACCUCAGACGAGGGGCGCAGGAGACUGGUUCCAGCUGUGAGGUGCUGCAGAAAGGCUCUACUCAGUGACUGUAACCUUACACAGACGUCAUUUGAAAUUGUGGCCUCAGCUCUCCAGUCAGACACCUCACCCCUGAGAGGGUGGUUUGAUGAGUAUGAAUGUUCCCCGUUGAACUGA